UCUAGUGUGGCGGGUUAACGGGUUAAGCUGUGACCACUGAUGGAGCCACACAAGCAUAAGAUUAAGAGCAUCAGGAGGUUUUCUUCUUGACUUGAGCUCACAUAGAAUGGCUCGUUAUGCAAUGUUAUAUUUAUGCGUUCUUUCCUCAAUCAGCUCAAUGGAUGAAGCCAAUUUCCUCAACACGACAUCCAUAACCAACUUGAUCGUGUCGUCAUAUCAAGAAGGUCUACAAAGGCUUGUUGAAGAAGCUUUUCAAUCCAGACAAAGACGGAGUUCACGUGCGCCUUUCCUCGGCGGCUUUACGUUUGGGCACCAAGCUGAGCCAGAGACCCUGGAGAUAGGACGUGCUGCCGAGCUUUUCCACUCAACUCUGCAAGUCCUUGACCAAAAAUGCAAGCAGAGGUACAAAAGGGAUAUCGGAGAAACAGGUUUGCUUUCGUGGGAGCAUGUGGAGCUUCUGGCAGAGCUGUCAGGAUGUCCGCCUCCAGCGCAUCCAGCUAUCUGCCAACACAGUUACCUCAGCAAGUAUCGUACCGUAAAUGGCGUGUGCAACAACAGGUACAAUCAUUUCUGGGGCGCAGCCAACAUUCCUUUGAUAAGGUGGCUUCCAGCACAAUAUGAAGAUGGAGUGCGACAACCCAAAGGUUGGAACGCGGGAAGGCUCUAUCGUGGAUUUGAGCUUCCCACGCCAAAGGAAGUGAGCAAAAAGAUCAUGGGGAGCUCUGUCAAAUGCAAAGAUGAUACCUACUCGCAUAUGCUUGUGGAGUGGGGCCAGUACAUUGACCACGACAUAACGAUGACCCCUCAAAGCCCCGCCGGGAAGCCUGGCGACGACGACGACUGCCUGAACUCUUGUCAAAAUGUGCAUCCCUGCUUUCCCAUCCAGCUACACGAGCAGGCCCCGAAGGGACAAAGCUGCAUGCCUUUCAAUCGCUCUUUAGCAGCCUGCUUCAACGGGUUGGGGCCCGACGUGUCGCAAGCCUUGCAGCGACAGCAGAUGAAUUCCAUCACCUCCUUCAUCGACGCUUCGGUCGUGUACGGCUCCAGUCCCAAAGUGAACAGGUUUCUGCGAGACCUUGGCGGCUUUAACGGCAAACUGACUGUCAACGAGCACUUUGGGGACCCCAAAGGAAGAGCCUACUUACCUUUUGAAGAAUCCCUGCAAUCCGUCUGCCUCGGCGGGCGGCAAAAGGCGGCAUGUUUCCGCGCUGGAGACGGUCGAGUCAACGAGGGCCUGCCUCUGAUCGCUCUGCACGUCCUGUGGCUGAGGCAACACAAUGGAAUAGCCGAGACGCUUCGGCAGCUCAAUGCUCACUGGAAUGCGGAGAGCCUCUAUCAAGAAACGCGCAAGAUUAUCGGGGCGCUGCACCAGAUAAUAACCAUGAGGGAUUAUGUCCCCAAAAUAAUUGGUCAAGAGUUUUUUGACAAUUACAUUGGACCGUAUGGAGGAUACGAUCCAACCGUGGAUCCGUCCGCCUCCAAUGUUUUUGCCACGGCGGCGUUCCGCUUCGGUCACGCCACCAUCUCCCCGGUCGUCAGGAGACUCAACCAGAGCUACCAGGAACAUGAAUUCUUCCCCAGUUUAAAGCUGCACGAUACCUUCUUCAGUCCAUGGAGGAUCAUCGAAGAAGGCGGAAUCGAGCCAAUCCUUCGAGGUGCGGUCGGAGAGGAAGCGGCCAGCAUCCUUCCGAGCAAAUUGUUGGCGGAUGAGCUGACCGAGAGGCUGAUUGUUUUAGCUGUUCCGCAAGACAUGGACCUGGCUUCACUGAACCUGCAGAGAGGGCGAGAUCACGGUCUGCCAGGAUACAACGACUGGAGAGAUUUUUGCGGACUGGAGCGCAUAAGGACGCUGGAAGACUUGAAGCAGGUUGUGAGUGACGCCAGUGUUGCGGAGAGGAUACUUCAAGUGUACAAGCACCCUGACAACAUUGACGUAUGGCUGGGGGGACUGCUUGAGACCUUUCUGCCCGGCUCAAGAACCGGUCCUCUAUUUGCCUGCCUGAUUGCAAAACAGAUGAAAGCGCUUCGUGACGGCGACAGAUUUUGGUGGGAAGCAGAGGAGACUUUCAGCCAAGCGCAGAGGAAGGAACUUGUCAAAGUUUCACUGUCUAAGAUCAUCUGUGACAACAGUGACAUCACAGAGGUCCCACCGGAUGCCUUCGUAUUGGGAAAGUACCCCUCGGGUUACGUCUCGUGUGACACUUUGCCACCAAUGGAUUGGGAGGCGUGGAGAGAGGAGAAAAGUCAAGCAGAUUUAAAGCGCUGCGGCUCUCCGGGACAGAUCGACAAUGGCGAUUACGUCCUGCUCAAGCUAGCUGGCAAAUUGGUAGCCCUGUACUCUUGUUACCAUGGCUUUCAAUUAACCGGCGGCGAUGCCUUGAUUGCUUGUGAAGGAGAUCAGUGGAGCGACAAACUUCCACAUUGUCAAGAUAUUUUGUGAAACGUACACAUGGAAAUUUGCAUCCACUGGAAAAGAAAUGCAUUGUCAAAGUGCGUGGAAACAGCCUCUCGGGUGAUGUUUCAUACCUCAGAUUCCGGAAGUGUCAUGGUCGUUCCAUCAGAAAAACGAUUGAAGAUUUCUAGUGUGGACAAAGAUAAAAAGCAAUUGGUCAUGACAAAGUAUGUAUGCGCAUCUUGUGUCAUAUCCCAAUGCACCCACUUUUCAUAGAAACAAGACGAAGAGCAAGAGUGAUGAAGUUCUCCAUGGUUAUAUGUCCAGAGGAAGUCCCAUAGCGCAAAGUCAACACUUUGAGCAUGUUAUCACUGACCCUUAUUCCUGAACACACACACACACACACACACACACACACACAUCGGAGGAAUGUCAACGCUCCCGUUUGUGACUUCUAUGGCCGUCAGGUGGGCCCACAGAAUACCUAAAUUAAUGGCAGCAUUCUUCAGCUCACUCAGUGUAACGCCGCCAUUUGAUGACACAUCAAUACGUCGGAAAAGAUCCUGGAGAAAGCCAUGGAGUCGAGCUCAAGCCAAACUGUCAAUUGCUUCAUGUUUACAAAUGCCUUUCUAUACCUUGUACUUGGCCACCUUCUUCCACAAACUAUAAAGUUCCCCAGCAUUCA